AUGGCUACCUCACCUAGUCUAGAUACUCUAGCCUCUAUUUCUCUAGAUCUACCGCCUUACUGGCCUGCCGAUCCUUAUAUCUGGUUCGUUCAAGUAAAAGUGCAAUUCCAGACAAGAAAGAUCACCUCUCAGAAAACCAGAUAUGACUAUAUCAUUGCUUCUCUCUCACCAGAAGUAGCUAUGGAGGUAUGUGACCUCGUCCUCAAGACUCUUGACUUAGAUCAAUACAACCAUCUCAAAAAAGCUCUUAUCGAGUGGACAGCUGCCUUAGAGCAGCCGCGGCUACAGCAGUUGUUCACCGGGCAAGAACUUGGUGACUGUAAGCCUUCACAGCUACUGAGUAGAAUGGAGCAACUGCUGGGACAGUCCGCUGAAGAAGCCCCAUCUUUCCUCAAGGAGCUCUUCUUACAAAGGCUGCCCAUUGGAGUCAGAAUGGUGCUACCUUCAGCCAAGUCUGAUACUCCUUUGUCAGAACUUGCUCUCCUGGCUGACAAAGUAAUGGAAGUAUCUGCACCACCACCUCCUGUCAAUAAUGUCUCAGAGAGUGAUUCACUUGUUACUGAGGUAGCACAGCUGAGAGAGGAGGUAGCUCGCCUUACACAAUUGGUCAAGAGUGCAAGUAGAGUAGUUUAUGUGGUGAUGAUUAAG